AUGGCACGGAAUCGCAAGAAUCAUGACAGACCCACGGCUAAAGCAGGACAAACGAUUGAUAUCCCUGAACACGAGCAAUGGCGUAUCAUCAAGGAGUCGGGAGUCCUCAAGCAGAUACCUCAGGAUCCGAAGUCUACCACAGUGGAUGAGCGAGCAGAGGACGAGGAAGAAGGCUUGUCACCCUUUGCCGAAGAAGUGUUUAAUUCAAUGAUGCUCGUCAUCCCGAUGUCGUUCAUGCUGUUGCUCAUGGAGAUUCUGGUACACUUCCAGUAUGGCCGGCAGCCCGACUACCUUGCCAUUUUCAAAGACAGAAUGCUUGCAAGUGUACCGAUCAUCUCAGUAUUCAUAUUCUACUCUAACCGCUAUAAGUCGCACCUAUAUAUGCAGGCGGGUUUUUUCGUCCUGGCCUGUAUAGUAGGUCCACGUCUAGUUUGGCUAAUCAACCGCGGGAACUGGCUGGUAGUAAUGCGGCAGAGCCCACCACUAGCAACCGCUUGGAUAUAUGCUAUUGUUCAACUAAAUCUCUUGCCAGCCGCACUCAACCUCAUCAUCGUCCUCGGAUUUGGCUGGUACAAGGGUCUGAAGCUGAUUCCUUAGACCGGACAUCAUUCUACAGAAGACUACAUACCGCUAUCUCUAAUCACAUACGGACACACAUACGGGUCACCCCGACAACUAUGUAUGCUCGAUAAUACGCCGCAUAACGUGUUGUGCUCUUCGACACGGACGGCACCUUAUACGAGCACGAAUACAUCGAUCCGCAGAAUGGCC